AUGGAGUAAUAAUAAAUAGUUAAGAAAAAGAGGUCAAGGUCGUAAAAAACCAAUGGAGAUUCUAUACCUGCAUUUUUAUUAAAAACUUAUGAGAUAAUAGAUGUAUAAAUAAUAAGCAAUUCUUAGAAUCCUAAUAAUUAAGAUGUCAUUAGUUGGAAUGAAGAAGGAAAUGCAUUUAUAGUUAAAAAAGUUAAUGAAUUUUCAGAUGUUAUUCUACCAAAGUCAUUCAAGCAUAGCAACUUUGCAUCAUUUGUUCGAUAAUUAAAUAUGUAUGACUUUCACAAAACCAGACAUGAUAAUAAUGAAAAUGAAUUUAAACAUAAAUCAUUUUAAAGAGGAAAAAAGUAAAAAUUUUAAAUAUAUGUAGACAUUUAUUAAGUUAAAUUAAAAGAAAGACAAAUGAUUAAAAAGAAUAAAAUUCUUUGACUCUUAUAAAAACUGAUAUAGUAAGAAAUGGGAAUUAGGAAAUUCCAGAAGUAUUAUUAUAAUAUUAAUAAAAAAGAUAUCUAUGCAAAUGUCAAAAUUGUAAAACAAAUAGAAUGAGCUAGAAAAAUUAAUGAAAAUUCUAAUAAAAUAAAAUGAGAAAAUUUUAAAAGAAAAUAAGUAUUUGUGGACAGAACUAAUGAAAAAUAAGUAUUUAUUAAAUGAUAAAGAGGCAUAAGAAUGAAAAUUCUGAAGAAUAAAUAAUGAAAUGGGUUUUAUAAUCAUUAUAAGGCAAUAAAUCAAAUGGAAAACAUAAAAAUAUUUAAAAUAAUAAUCUUUUAAUGAUUAAAUAAACAAGUGAAAAUGAUGAUGAAGUUUAAAAUGAAAUUUAACAUUAAAAAUUAUUUGAUAAUGAAAAAUCAACAUUUGAUUAACUUCCAUAGUAAAUAUUAAAAUAAAAUUUUGAAUAAUAAAUAGAAUAAUUAUCAAAAACUUAAAUAAUAUAAAUUUUGAUGAAAGCAGUUGCUAAUAAUUAAAAAUAAGAAAAAAAAAAUAUUUUUAAAUAUGAAGAAGAUGAUGUUAGUUUUGAAGAAGAAUAUCCAAUAACUAAAAAAUUAGAUUUAAAAUCAGAAAAUGAAGAGAAAAAAUAAGAUAAUCAAUUAAUUGUUUAUAAUGAUCCAUUUUCUUUUCAUAAAUUAGAUGAUAAUUAUAUUAUAGCAGAAUCACCUAAUUUAAGUAGAAAGAAUUCUUUUUAUGAUCAUGAUCCUAUUCCUUAAUUUUAUGAAUUUUGA